CCGGGGUGGGAAAACGGCAAAAAAGGCGACUUUUUUUCCUCAAAUGAGGAAAAGGGCGAGUUUUCUACAAUUAACAACCGAGUGGAUGGUUUACACCUUUAAUCGAUGUAAGGAGUCUUGUGAGAAUUCGUUAUCCUGGGACAUUGUCAAGAGACUUGACAGAGCUUCACCAGUGGCAUGGAUAUGUGCAGUCGUGUGGCAACGACCAGGAAAAAUCAGUACAUUUGAUCAAGUAUAUGGCCCCCUUCGAAAACAUCCUUUUACAUAAAGCAGCUACUUUCCAAGCGUCCUGUUAAAGGCAGCAUAUGUCAGGAUCUUAGAAUUCUCUUUGAAGAAAUCAUCAGCCGGGUUUUGCCAGACAGUUAAUCCACCAUGACGAUCAUUCUACGAAUGCAGCAACUGCCAUGGUCGGCAACGUCCAUGGAUAUCCGACGCUAUUUCACUGGACUGAGUAUCCCUGAUGGAGGAGUUCACAUUGUUGGUGGCGAAGAUGGAGACGUUUUUAUAGCAUUCUCCAGUGAUGAGGACGCCCGUAGAGCAAUGCAGACACAGAACAAGCCCCUCUGCGGUAACAAAAUAGCCUUGAUGUUGAGCAGUAAAAAUGAGAUGCAAGAGGUAAUAGCACGCAACAGAGCGAUGUCUCAGUUGAAGUCUGAUCCAUUCCAACAGGACAGUCCUAAUCAGAGCCCAGUUCCCUCCAAUCAGUCAAUGGAGACUCCUGGGAAUGUUUCUCUUAAUCUAAACAGAGAUUAUUCAGGGUUCAAGGAUCCUGCGAAGAGUCUACCCUCAAAUGAUCAGUUUCAACGCAAGGGUCAAAACCAGCCAGUGCUCCCAAAUGAAGAUGUGAGAGUUCCAGGCCGUCCUCCCCAGAGACCAGGAGGGGACAAGUCCCUUUUGGGAAUACCUCCAUACGACAGCCAUCGUCUUGAACCAGCUCAUAAUCGACAACCUCUUGGCUUUACUCCAGAUCAUUUCAGUGGAAGACGUGAUGAAAUCUAUCAAGACAAGACGAGAGAGGGAGAGCCGGAGAACAGGCCAUUGCUAGACGUAAGGCAUCAGCUUGAUAUUCGAAGUGGUCAUGACCCUCACAAUGUUGGGCCUUUUGAUGUGGGAAAGGAAAGACAGUUUGGAGACCAAUCUAUGGGACAUUCCUUCAGAAACCGUGACGAAUUUCCCAAGGAUCCACUUGGUCAUGUCACAAGUGAUAGGGAUUCACGAAUUCCGUCCGGUAGAAGACCACCUCUUCUGGAACAUGAGCCUGGCAGACCAGAUGGGAGACCACCUUUCGAGCCCUACAGUGGUCGUAGAGAAGGAUUGCUUGAUGACCCUCAAAGAAAACGACUCAAUAGAGGACAAGAGCAAGGUCAGGCAUCUUCUUUUGAAAAAGGUUCUAUGCGUCCAGAAGAGAAGUUUGGAAAGCCCAAUGUGCCUGGCCGGUUUGAUGAGGGUAAGCAUUGGGAUAGGCCAUAUGGAGAAUCUAAACCAGGAUUUCCUGAUGACCUAAAAGAUUCUAGAUUACCAAGUAACACUGGACCUGGAGCAACAAAACCACUUGCAGACAACCGAGGGAAUGAAAGGGGUCCCAUACGUAGGAGUCGCUUUGAGCCAGAAAGUCAUUGGAACCAGAGAAGAGCUGAAAUGGAUAUAGAAAAGGGCAAAUUUCCUGGAGAUCCUUUUGGUCUCAAUGAACGUAUUGAUGAUCCCAGAAGACCCAGAGCUUCAAGAGAUCUCUCAAGUGAACGAGGUGGCCUAGAUGUUGGACAGAGAGGGCCUGUGGAGCAGAUGGGUCCAGAGGAUUACAGGAAGAGGGAUGAACCAUUUAAUGCCAAUAACAGGGCUCGUAUUCAGCACAUGGAUGAUCCAGUGCAUGUAGGUGAUCAAAGAGGCCCUGGAGAGCAAAGAGGUCCUAGAGAUGAACACAGAGGGAGAGAUCACAUAGGUUUUGAUGAAGUGAGAGGGCCAAGGGAGCACCGGCGUCCUGGAGAUCGUAUUGGUCCAGACAGACAGGGACGCUCAGGAGAGCAGAGAUUUCCUGGUCAUCUUGGGCCAGAGGAAAGCAGAUUUCUCGGUGAAAAAAUCAGUCCUGAUGGUCCCUUUGAUAGUUCCUUUCAUCCAGAUAACCGCAUGGGUCCUGGUGAUGGUGCAGGGUCAGGAGUGCGCAGAGGUCCUGAUGGGCGUGGAGGUGCUGGUCCAAGGGAUCAUGCGAGUCCAGGAGAUCACUUCGGUCCUGGAGAGCAUAUGGGUCCUGUACGUCACAUAGGGCCCAGGGAUCGUAGGGGACCAGAUGAUCAUAGUGAUCCCUUUGGUCCAGGUGAUCGCUUUGGCUCAAGUAAUCGCUUUGGUCCAGGUGAUCGAUUGAAUUUGGAUGACCCCAUGGGUGAACACAUGGAUCCACGAGAUAGUACAGGAUUAGCUGAUCGCAGGGGUCCAGGUGGACGCAUAGAUGACCAGUUUGAUCCAAGUAGUCACUUUGGGAUGGGUGAUGACUUUGGUCCAGAUGACCGUAUGGGUCCAGAUGGGAAGAAGAGCAUCAAUAGUCGUUUUGGUCCAGAACGAAGGUUUGGUCCACCUGCUUCCCUGCAUCCCGAAGAUGAUAUGGAACCACCAGAUAUGAGGAAUUUUAGAGAUCCCCUCGAUCACAGAGGACUGGAAGAUCAUCCCAAUGAUCGUUUUGGUUCAAGAGGAAGAAUGGGACAAGCAGGAGAUCAGUGGGAGCAAAGAGAUAAAAGGCGACCUAGUCUUUUAGGUGAUAAAGGACUUCCGGUAGAGAAUCGUUUGGGUCGAAGAAGUUCAACAGAUUUUGGUCCAGAUGAUGGCAUGAGACCUGACGGUCGUUUUGGCCCAGGAGCCAUGGGUAGAAGGGACCCCUUGAUUCCAGAAAGGCCUCACAGAGAUCAGCAAGAUCCAACCUCUAGAAAAGCUCCUGGCAACUACUUGGAAUCAAGAGAGGAACUUAGUUUCCUCCAAGAAAGUCGGUUUGGCCCAGGUGGUCAAAGAAUUCAUGUGCCAGAGGAACUGCUCGAAAGAGACAGCGAUAUGAGAAGACGUUCAACUGCAGCUCAUCUUGAGGUUACAAGAGGCAGCCCACUGCUCGAUAGCAUCCCUCUCAAACAUUCAGAUUCAAGGAAAAAAUCUGGUGCUGCAGGUUUUGUACGCAUCACAGGCAUGCCAUUUAAUGUAACUGCAACAGACAUAUUUGAUUUUGUUGGUGGCUUAACUAUAGCUGACAAUGGUAUUCGCUUGACUUUAGAUAGUGCUCGAAACAAACCAAAUGGCAAUGGCUACAUAAAGUUUGCGAGUGAGGAAGAGGCAACUAAAGCAUGCAAGCUCAAUAUGAAAUACAUGGGAAAGAGAUAUAUUGAAGUUAAGUUGUGCCGGAAGAUAGACUGGGACAGUUCCGAAACUCACACAGUACCACCUCCUGGGUAUCCUUCAGAUGUUGGGAAACGCAGUCGUAGAUCUCGAUCCCGUUCACCAAUUCGCUCCACCUGUGUUGAGUUGCGAGGUCUACCAAAUAAUGUUGACAGUUACCACAUCAAGGACUUUUUCCAUGGUUGUGAUAUUACAAAUGACAAAAUAUUCAUUGCACAAGGAGGUGAUAAUUCUCCAACUGGAAUUGGUUAUGUUGAGUUCCCAGAUCAGUCAACAUUAGAGAGGGCUCUGCGGAAGAAUGAACAUUCAAUUGGAAGGCACAUGAUUGAAGUUAAGACAAUACUCAAGGAAGUUAUGAAUGUUCGAAUCAUUGAAAAUAAAAAGCGAACCCAAGACAGACAAGCAAGCAGUAAAUCAUCGAGCGCCAAAGACUUAGGUAACUCCAGAGAUAGUAAUUCGAGAAAUGCAGGGUCUCGAGGAUCAUCCUCAAGAGACUCCAAAUCCUCUGGAUCAAGAGACCGCAGUGCAAGAGAAUCCAGCUCCAGAAGUUCAAAAGACAGAGACUCCAGACAGCCAUCAAGACAUGGUAGAGACAGUCAGAGAACCAGUGACCGAGAAUCAAGACCAAGAGAGAGUGAUUCUCGACAAUCUGUGUCCAAGAGUAGAGACCCAAGUAAGGAUGGGAGCUCACGAUCAUCAGAUUCACAAAGUCGGUUUGCAGGAGAAUCAAUUCCACAGAAGCGAGACAGUGAGUCGGAUAACAGGAGAUCAGGACCUGGAUCUAAAGCAUCCCCAAAAGAUACUGAAACCAAACCCCAAGAAAGUGCCUCCAAAGAUGUUAGUAGCAGGUCUCAGCAAGAUUUACAGGCCCAGCCAAAUAGAAAAGAGCAACUUUCACAAAGUGCGUCAUCUAGAGGUCUUGUAAAAGAAAAGCUUGAUUCUGUUUUCAAACAACAGGUUCAGAAUCCAAAGGCUUUGGAGGAGACAAGGCCAUCUAGUCUUGAUGAAAAAUCAUGCAUCAACCUGCGCAACAUGCCAUAUAACACAUCAGAUGAAGAAAUCCACAACUUCUUUCAAGAAAUGGAACUUCAACCCUUAAUGGUACACUUCCUGAUCACACCAGAUGGUAGGCCAAAUGGACAGGCCUAUGUUGAGAUGGCAAAUGCCGCUGAUGCCCAUAAAGCAGUCAGUCAUACCAAUGCUCGUAUCCAGGAUCGCAACAUCAUCAUGAAUGUCAUCACAAAAGGACACAUGAAGAAUUGCCUUGCCCAGGGCAAACCACCUCCACAAGGACCUGGGCUUCUUGGCAUACCUCGAGGCCCGCCGUUUCCCCGUGCUCCUGGUAGUCAUCCAACCAUGGAUUUCAGGCCACCUCUCCUUGGUAGCAAAGCACCACCAUUUGCAAUGAGAAGCACAUCAGGUCCAAUGAGAGGCCCAAGACCUCCUCCUGUCGAGGUUCUCAUAGCACGGGGUUGUGUUGUGGAAGCCAGUAAUCUCCCAUUUGACAUUCCUAUACCAGCUAUAAUUGAUUUCUUCGGUGAUCACAAUGUUGUACCAGAGUCUGUGCGGCUGAAAACCAAUGAGCAUGGGCGGUUUUGUGGAGAAGCCAUGGUAGCCUUCCGAAGUGCCGAUGAUGCUGGCAGAGCAAUAGCAGAUCUGAACAAAAGUAUUCUGGGAGGCAGAGUUGUUCGCCUGCAUUUGAUGCAGCCUUUGUGAGAUGUCACCAUGGUUCCAUGUAUAGAGAUGUUACCGGACAAAGCCAUUAGAGACCACGCAGAUGCAAUGGACAUACAGGUCACACCAACUGAGCCAUCUGUGGACUGCAGGAGUAGCAGGCAGUCAUCAGCUGCAAUUUUUUUUUUCAGUCAGUCCAGUAGAUUGAGGGAUUGAUCCAAGGAUGGGGAAAAGGGUAUUGUCAUUUGAGGACAGUCUAAUUUAUGCCAUUGGACAUUCUAAUGUGCCGUGACAAAGUAAGUUGCAUAUUCUACUUCCAACAACUGCAAAUGCUAAAAGCUCCAGUCAAUUUUCUUUUUAUUAUUAUGCUAUCCCCAUAGCAAUUGUAGACAAUGAAGGCAUCUUUGUUGGAUAAGUGGACUCGUAAGAUGUUCUUAUUAUAUGUUUGUUGUGGGAGAAGGUUCUGAAGGAUGUAAAAAAUGCAUCAGACAUUUUCUCAUUUUUUAUAUUUUGAAACCUUGCCAGGAUAUCAAAAAUAAAGAUUCAAAGGUUGUAAACGAGGGAAGGCCAAAGGCCACUUAAGAGACUUGUCUGGGUCAAAUGAGUCAGUACAGGUAGUAAAUUUUGGUUUUUUUUCAUUUGGCAACAUUUUCCAAGACUUUUUUUCAAUUCCAGUAGUUCCUUGUGGUCUAGAAAUGUGUCCCAGUCCAGUUUGCAGUAUAUGUCACCAUAAUGAUGGUGAACUACAUGUAGAUUGCAACUUUAGGGUAUAAAAAUGAAAUUUGUGGAAUUGGCGAGUGGUUUAGUUAGGAAAUACCACUUUGUGCAGCUUGUUUCUCCCUUGUUCCCCAUUUCCUUGAAAAUGAAGCCUGAUGGGGUGCUACACAAACUGGUCAUUUUGCUGAACCAAGAGAGGAAAACUUGUAUAAUUUCAACUUAUCAUGAUCAUAUUGAUCACUUAAAGCUGUACAUACAUUUAACUAAAUCGGCAGUUUUAAUAACCUUAUUGCGUAUUGCGUAGGAAAAUUUGAACAUUUGUGACUCUCCAUCCACAGCCAUUUUUCCUAAUGGGAUUUUUUGUUGUGAAUGAGAAGAUACAGGCCAGCUUUUAAAGGAAGACGGUCUGCAAAUGUGCAGCCUGUAUUUAUUGCUUCCUUGUACCAUUUAGCUUUAGGUGUUUGUAUUGGAUGUAAACAGAGAAACUGAAUUUUUUGUUCCUGUAUGCUAAGGACUUAUUUACACUUGUAGAGUAGUUAUAUCAGACUAAAGUAACGUUUGAUGCUGUUAAAAUUUUCAUAAUUACAUUUACAUGUAGGUACCAUGCAAAGAAUCUUAGACAAAAGGCAUACGGGACAGCAUUUCAUCUAUACAUACACGUGUGGUACAAAAAAUCAUUAAGUUCUAUGUGCCACUUGUAAAUUUCAUGUUGUGCAGGAGUUAAGUGAGGUUUGUAUGGAAGGGCGGGGAGUGACGAAUAGUUCACUGCUGUAUGUGGCGAUAAUGCCACCUGUCUUGUUUUUUUUUUUGUCAAUGGAGACAGAUUAUAUCUCCAUAGUGUUCUGCAGUUCAGUGCAUGUUCACAUGGCAGAUAUUGAGACUGUAAUUACAUAGUUGCCAGUUGUGCUUGUACACUCUUUAGAGCUUUGCUCUUAAUUCUCGUCCAGGGGAAAAAUGUCAGUACCCUUGUGCAAGGAAGUACACAUAAUAUUACUUGUUUCCUAUUAUUAUGGCACUUUUAAAGGAAGCAUAUUUGGUUCACGUUCAUGAGAAAAAAGGUUACAAGUUUUCAAGUUGGUACCCGUUUUUGGGAUGAAGUUGUUCCCAGUAUUUUUUGUAGUUUUUCAUCUUGGGAAAAAAAAGGACAUUACAGAAAAAGAUGAACACACAGUAGAUACUUAGAAGUCAAAGUUAGUUUUAGAUUAACUGAUCCUGUAAAAGGAUAUCACUUUAGUGUGUUAUACAAUUCUUAUUGGGACGUUUAUUUUAAAGAAAUAUCCACCAGUUGAAAGGAUUUUUGACAUGUUUUUAUAAAAGAAAUUCAUUUUUUUCCUUUUUUAAAAUUGUUAAUGCUCUUUAUGAGUGCUUUAUAUUCAUCUGUACUCUCCAUAUCAACUGUACGAGUACGUGUUUUUACCUUUUCCGGCAAGAAACCGAUCACUGCAUUACCAUCAAUUGCACUCCUGGAAAAAAGGUUUAAAGGAAUCUCAUCUCCAAUAUACUUUUCCACAAGCCGGUUAGAGGUACAUGUGUGUUUAAUUUGAUUGAUGGUAAUAAAAGUUGUUAUAGUUGUUGCUUUCUUAGAGUUUCAAUA